GUCUUAUUACUUGCUACUCGAAGUUUCUUCGUAUGCUCCGACUCCGACUUGAAUCAUGUGGAGGACUGGAGGGGAGAAGCAUGAUACGCAAUGGAGUAUCUGUCAAACAUCAUCACAUCUUUUCUACUAGUUUGGAUCUUCGCAGUUUCCACGACCACCGCACAUUACUGUGUGUGGGGGCUGUGCGAGUCAUGGGAGUACUGCUGUGACGAGAACGUUUGCUGCAGCUCCAAAGACUACGACAUAUGGAUCACGCUGGUGAUCAUAGCCGGAGUCGUAAUCGGAAUGGUGGUAGCUGGUACGUGUCUCUACUACAACAUACGUCGUAUCUACCUGUAUCUGCAACGAAGAUACCACGGUAUCAAUUCCGUGUCCAUGCCAGCGGAGUUCGAGCCUGACGGAAGAUCAAUAAAGGUUUCAUUCCAGGAGUAAAACGGUUUUCUGGACCAACAGUUUUUAAUACUCUAGUUUUUUUAACUGUGAGCAAUAGAUCGGUUAAGAUAAGUCUUUUAAGUUAAGUGUUUGCGUAUCUGAAAAUAGAUAUUUCGGAAGUAAGGAGAGUAAGAUGGAUCUCUGUAGCGGGUCAUUCGAUUUAUUCAAAGAAAGUAUUUAUUCAGUGUUCUUUGUUGGGUAUCCAUUUUGUAAGUGUUACUCUGGAGAAGAGAUUCUCACGAAUUGUUGCUAGCCAAAAAUAAUUUAUUUUUAUAUGUUACAAUGUAUCAAAAAUAGAAAUUGCACCGUAGUGCUA